GUCACGGCAGGAUGUGACUCUAUUCUCCUCUACUGAACCAACAGUGAUGAAAUGUCUGUUUUUAUUUUUAAUCUGUGUGACACACACAUAGACAGCCCCACUUCCCCCGUGUCCUGGUGUGCGAGUGUGACACACUGCUCCCCCCUCCCCUCACUCCAUGUGUUACAAUCCUGUGGUCUGAGGUUAGGUGAUUCAGCAUGUAAGGUAUAUAUACUGGAGGUAAACAGCAGAGAGGCAGAUAGGAGACAAGGAAGGGAACAGAGAUGGGUGUCACCAUGAGAAUGCUGGCAGUCCUGCUUGUGCUGGGCACCUUCUGCUUGGGAAGUCAAUCUGCUCCAGCAUCCCAAAUGAAGCCUCUGUCUAUUAUAUUCCCAGGGGAAAUCCGAAGCAACAUAAGUGACCUGGAGACAGCUGAGAAAUACCUUAUACGAUUUGGGUACAUGGCCCUGGAAAAUGGAGAAGAUAAGCAUGUCUCCUUGCAGAAGUCACUGACUAAGAUGCAGCGGAUGUUGGGACUGCAGGAAACAGGGGAUCUGGAUGGAGAGACAAUGAAGGCCAUUAAAAGCCCCCGCUGUGGGGUUCCAGAUUUAGGCAAUUUCCAGACGUUUGAAGGAGACUUAAAGUGGGAUCACAAUGAUAUUACAUACCGGAUCCUGAAUUACUCCCCUGAUCUUGACCCUGACGUGACAGAUGAUGCCUUUUCUCGUGCCUUUAAAGUCUGGAGUGAUGUAACACCGCUCACCUUUACACGAAUCUACAGUGCGGGAGCUGACAUUGAAAUCCUUUUCGGAGCAGACAACCAUGGGGAUCCAUACCCAUUUGAUGGGAAGGAUGGACUUUUGGCUCACGCAUACCCACCCGGUGCUGGUGUGCAAGGAGACGCUCACUUUGAUGAGGAUGAGUUCUGGACUCUUGGAACUGGCGUGGUGGUGGCGACUCGGUUUGGUAACGCAGAAGGAGCUAUGUGCCAUUUCCCAUUCAUGUUUGACGGACAGUCGUACUACUCUUGUACAAGUGACGGGCGAUCUGAUGGGCAUAUCUGGUGCAGCACAACCCCCAACUUUGAUGAGGACAAAAAAUAUGGCUUCUGUCCCAGCGAGUUGCUGUACACCUUCGAUGGGAAUAGUGAUGGCCAGCCAUGUGUGUUUCCUUUUAUUUUUGAUGGACAGUCAUAUUCUUCAUGUACCACUGACGGGCGUUCAGAUGGAUAUCGCUGGUGUGGUACCACAGCUAAUUAUGACACGGAUAAGAAAUAUGGUUUCUGUCCCAACAGAGACACUGCUGUGAUUGGUGGAAACUCCGAAGGAGACCCUUGUGUCUUUCCAUUUACAUUCUUGGGCAAGACAUAUCAACGAUGCACAAGUGAUGGGCGAGAUGACAGGAAGCUGUGGUGUGCCACUACCUCCAGCUACGACCAGGACAGGAAAUGGGGAUUCUGUGCAGACCAAGGUUACAGUUUAUUCCUGGUGGCAGCACAUGAAUUUGGUCAUGCAUUAGGCCUAGAGCACAGCAGUGUCCAGGAUGCCCUGAUGUACCCCAUGUAUAAGUAUGUGAGUGACUUCCAGCUUCACUCUGAUGAUGUCAGCGGGAUACAGUAUUUAUAUGGUCCUAGAUCUGGACCCAAUCCCACUCCACCAAAUCCCACCAAGAAGCCAAGCCCACAAACUACCCCUUCAACUAGGACCACCACCACCACCAGUGUGAGCCCAUCUGAAUCCCCCGUGGACCCAUCCCAAAACGCUUGUAGAAUAAAGAUAUUUGAUGCUAUCGCAGAACUACAGGGGGAACUUCAUUUCUUUAAGGAUGGGGUGUACUGGAAAUUACCUGCCAAAGGCCCCCCUACGUCUGCUCUCAAAAUCUCAGACACAUGGCCUGCUCUACCCGCCAACAUUGACACUGCAUUCCAGGACCCCAAAAGCAAGAAGAUCUUCUUUUUCUCAGGGCGCAAAUUUUGGCAAUACACUGGGAAUACUGUCUUGGGCCCUCGUAGUCUUGAAAAGUUGGGCUUGGACAAGAAUGUGGAUAAAAUCUUGGGUGCUAUUACACGGGAUAAUGGCAAGGCCCUGUUAUUCAACGGUGAAAACUACUGGAGACUCGAUGUGAAGUCAGAGGCAAUAGAUAGGGGAUACCCACAGAACACAGGUGAAGAUUUUCCUGGAGUUCCUACUGACUCUCAUGAAGUCUUUGUGUACCAAGGUAAAUACUACUUCCUCCAGGAUCACUUCUUCUGGCGUAUGACGUGGCGCAAGCAAGUGGAAAAAGUUGGAUAUGUGAAAUAUGACCUACUGCGCUGCCCAGAGAAUUAAAGUUACAGAGAAGAUGUGAACUGAAGAGAGAACAGAGGGGGAGGGGGGCAGAGAGGAAAAGGACAAACAAAUGGUCCAAUUUGCAGAAGGGGGAGAGUGUAGAAGGGGGAGUCUGUAUUUAUAUAUGUGAAUCUUAAAUUCUGCCCCAUAUCAGCUGUGCCCUUAUAUAAGAGAACUGUAAAUGUCCAGGCAAUGUAAACAUGGUCUGUAUGUUUUAUCCCCCCUAGGGAAGUGUGUGUGCUUGUGUGUGUGUGUGUGUGUGUGUGUGUGUGUGUGUGUGUGUGUGUGUGUGUGUGUUCCAUGCCUGCCUGGCGCAGGCUCUCAGAGAGCGGUGUGACAGAUGAUGAGUUGUGGCUGUAGUGAAAUGAGACAAGGUGACCUUUCAGAGAUUUCUAUAAUAUAUUGUUUUCUUUUCUAAUAAAUACUGUUUCUUCUUGA